AUGAAGAAGUUCUCUCGAAUGCCCAAGUCGGAGGGCGGCGGCGGCGGCGGUGGAGCGGCGGGUGGCGGGGCCGGCGGGGCCGGGGCCGGCUCUGGUAGCUCGUCCGUAGGGGUCCGGGUGUUCGCGGUCGGCCGUUACCAGGUCACCCUGGAGGAGUCACUGGCCGAAGGUGGAUUCUCCACAGUUUUCCUGGUGCGGACUCAUGGUGGACUCCGCUAUGCAUUGAAGCGAAUGUAUGUCAAUAACGCGACAGACCUCAACAUUUGUAAAAGGGAAAUUACAAUUAUGAAAGAGCUGUCUGGUCACAAAAAUAUUGUGGGUUAUUUGGACUGUACUGUUAAUUCAGUUAGUGAUAAUGUAUGGGAAGUGCUUAUCUUAAUGGAAUAUUGUCGAGCUGGGCAGGUAGUGAAUCAGAUGAAUAAGAAGCUGCAGACAGGUUUUACAGAACCAGAAGUGUUACAGAUAUUCUGUGAUACCUGUGAAGCUGUUGCAAGGUUGCAUCAGUGUAAGACUCCAAUAAUUCACCGGGAUCUGAAGGUGGAAAAUAUUUUGUUGAAUGAUGGUGGAAACUAUGUACUUUGUGACUUUGGCAGUGCCACAAAUAAAUUUCUUAAUCCUCAGAAAGAUGGAGUUAAUAUAGUAGAAGAAGAAAUUAAAAAGUAUACAACUCUGUCAUACAGAGCCCCUGAAAUGAUCAACCUUUAUGGAGGGAAACCUAUCACCACCAAGGCUGAUAUCUGGGCCCUGGGAUGUUUGCUGUAUAAACUUUGUUUCUUCACUCUUCCUUUUGGUGAGAGUCAGGUUGCUAUCUGUGAUGGCAGCUUCACCAUCCCAGACAAUUCCCGUUACUCCCAUAACAUACAUUGUUUAAUAA